CUUGUCCACUAUCGACCAUGUCGGUGCAGCAAAAGGCUGGAGCUCUCAGGCAAAAGAUCGAUGAUCUCCUCGUGGAGGGAGUUGACAUCGCCGUCCCAAUUCUCAAGGUCGUCAAUGCUACGGCUGAUUGGUGUCCCCCUCUAAAGAUGGCGACUGGCGGUGCACUCUCCAUCCUUGAUGAGGUUAAGAAGUUCAAGGACAACAAGCAGGAAUGGUCUGCUAUAAAAUCCUAUGAUGUGUCGGCGGAAGAGGCAAAGCCGUGGGUUGAGAGUGUCACACAGCUCGACGGCGCGCUACAGAAGAUUAAGUCCGAAAUCGAACGAAGGCUGAAAAAAGCAGAGAAGCGACCGGCUGUCCUAAAUGUUGUGUCCUACUUGAGAGACCCAGGAAGAAUUGAUGGCCUCAAGAAAGACUUUGACAAAGCAUUGGUGUCGUUUCAGCUUAGGAUGAAUCUAAUCGGUGGUGCCAAAUUAGCGGCCAUAGAACGUCGUCUACAGGACGACAAAAUCCUCGAUAGUCUCCAAUACCCUCAUAUCGCCCAUGACGAUUUCACUCAUGCGUGCCUAGAAGGGACUAGGAUUGAUCUCACGGAGCGUAUCAUGACAUGGUGUCGCAACACUGGGGAGAAUGAGAACCGGCUAAUGCUCCUGACUGCUGUGGCUGGGGACGUUACGCUCCUACUGCACUUCUUCUUCAAAGCGGGAGAGCGGUCGCGGCCCGAUUUUCUAUUCAGUGGAAUAGCUCGAACUCUAGCAGACCACGACCCAGUUUACCGUACUUUCAUCAUCUCUGCACUUCGAAAAGACCCUUCACUCUCAACGGCCCUACUCGCAACACAAUUUGAGAAUUUGGUGGUUUUGCCUCUCCUCCAUAAACCUCCACCUCCCGACCGUCCCAUGGUGGUCAUCAUUGAUGCUUUGGAUGAAUGUGACAAGGAAGUGUUCGAGUCCUUUGCCGAUAUUCUUCGGGAGGAAGUGCCCAAGCUACCAUCUUCCAUAAAAUUCUUUAUCACGUCGAGACAUACAGAUCUUGUUAGACGCUCCCUCUCACCCCAAUUCCCUAUCAGUCGUCUCGCCAUUGACCUUUCGGAUGACACGAAUGUGCAAGACUGUGCUACAUAUAUACGUUUCGAGCUGCAAAAGCUGAAGAAUUGGCAUCCCGAUUUACGGCAUAAUCUUCAGGACGAGGAUAAAACAGUUCAGGAGAUCUUGGAACGUGCGAGUGGCCUGUUUAUUUGGAUCAGCACGAUCUUUCGCUACAUGAAGACAGCCAACAAGGAUCCGAUGAGGACGUUAGAAGGCUUGCUCGACACUGGUACGAAACGAUCAAAGGUCCCUGCCGAGGGAAUGAUGGACCGCUUAUAUACAAGCAUUCUGAAGAAGUGCGAUUGGGAGGAUGAAGAUUUUGCCCAUGACUACCCAAUCGUGAUGGGAGCAAUCUUUGUCGCACAGCGACCUCUGUCCAUCACAGCCUGGGAUGCAAUUUUGUCACCUUUCCUUAAGUCUCCUGUUCGAUAUUCAUUGGCUGAACUUGCUCCUCUGCUCUCAGGAGUUGAAGAUUAUCACUUUCCAGUUCGCAUCUUGCACCAAUCUUUCCGCGACUUCAUUGUCGAUCGGAUCGUUCCCCUAUCAAUCAGCCCUUGUUGCAUCCCAGUAGAUGUAGGGAUGGAGAAUGCGAGAGUUGCCCUGCGAUGUACCGAGAUUCUGAACCAGGAUCUUUGCUCUGUAAAGGGCUUGGGACUGAUUGAAAACUUGUCCGAAAAAGACGAGCUGCCACUCAUUCCCUCGGAGGAGUCAUCCGAGCACUUUCAUUAUGCAUGUUGCUAUAUUGUCCAUCACCUCAGUGGAGUCCAGGAACCAUCGCCGGAGCUUGAUGAGUCAGUUGGCGCGUUUCUCAGUGAGCAAGCAACCCGCUGGGUGGAAGCCUGUGUGAGAAUGGAGGGCUAUAUUAGCAUCUCGUUACUCCCUGAGUGGGCGAAGUUGGCUGUUGGCCACAGAUCAAAAGGUGCUGUUUGCACACUGGUCCGUGUGCUUGUCCAGCUUGUAUCGAAUUUGAAAUUCUUUGCAAGAUUCAAGGAAGCAUAUGAGGCAGCAACCGAUUCCGUUGUGCUCUGCCGUUACCUUAUUUCUGUCAACCCGGGGUCCUACUCCCCAGAUUUGGCCUACUCGCUUGUGGCUCUUUAUUUGACCCUUUCCAAACUCGGACAGCACUCGGAGGCACUCCCAUUCAUCGAAGAAAGUGUCAACCUCUACCGCCAGCUGGUCACUGUCCACCCGGGAUCACACACCCCAGAUUUGGCCAUGUCACUCAACAAUCUAUAUGAUGCUCUUUCCAAACUCGGACGGCACUCGGAGGCACUCCCAUUCAUUGAAGAAAGCAUCAGCCUCUACCGCCAGCUGGUUGCUAUCCACCCGGGAUCACACACCCCAGAUUUGGCCCUCUCACUCAACAAUCUAUAUUUAGCUCUUUCCAAACUCGGAUGGCACUCGGAGGCGCUCCCAUUCAUCGAAGAAAGUGUCAGCCUCUACCGCCAGCUGGUUGCUGUUCACCCGGGAUCAUACACCCCAAAUUUGGCCCUCUCACUCAACAAUCUAUAUGGCGCUCUUUCCAAACUCGGACGGCACUCAGAGGCGCUCCCAUUCAUAGAAGGAAGCGUCAGCCUCUACCGCCAGCUGGUUGCUGUCCACCCGGGAUCAUACACCCCAGAUUUGGCCAUGUCACUGGACAAUCUGCGUGGUGCUCUUUCCGGACUCGGACGGCACUCGGAGGCGCUCCCAUUCAUUGAAGAAAGCAUCAGCCUCUACCAGCUGGUUGCUGUUCACCCGGGAUCAUACACCCCAGAUUUGGCCAUGUCACUCAACAAUCUAUAUUUUGCUCUUGCCCAACUCGGACGGCACUCGGAGGCGCUCUCAUUCAUUGAAGAAAGCGUCAGCCUCUACCGCCAGCUGGUUGCUGUCCACCCAGGAUCAUACACCCCAGAUUUGGCCAUCUCACUCAACAAUCUAUGUUUUGCACUUUCCGAACUCGGACGGCACUCGGAGGCGCUCCUAUUUAUCGAAGAAAGCGUCAGCCUCUACCGCCAGCUGGUUGUUGUCCAUCCAGGAUCAUACACCCCUGAUUUGGCCAUGUCACUGGACAAUCUGCAUGGUGCUCUUUCCGGACUCGGACGGCACUCGGAGGCGCUCCCAUUUAUUGAAGAAAGCAUCAGCCUCUACCGCCAGCUGGUUGCUGUCCACCCGGGAUCAUACACCCCAGAUUUGGCCAUGUCACUCAACAAUCUAUAUUUUGCUCUUGCCGAACUCGGACGGCACUCGGAGGCACUCCCAUACAUCGAAGAAAGCGUCACACUCCGGCGCCAGCUAGUUACAGUUCAUCCGGGAUCAUACACCCCGAAUUUGGCCACGUCACUCAACAAUCUAUAUUUUGCUCUUUCCGAACUCGGACGGCACUCGGACGCACUCCCAUUCAUGGAAGAGAGCGUGAUACUCUGGCGCCAGCUGGUCGAAAUCAACCCAGGAGCGUACACCCCACAACUGGCCAUUUCACUCAAGCAUCUUCGCAACGCUCUUUCCGGUCUCGGACGUCAUUCUGAGGCGCAGAUGGUUCACAGUUGAGCCACCCAAGUCCUGCGGUUCCACUCAUUUCCCCUUGUCAUUGCGUUUCCUUGCUACCUGCUCAUGGAGAACACUAACAGCAAUACUCAUAUGUACCUUUAUCUAACACAUCG